UCCCCGUCCAUCAUUCCCCAACGCCAGCCGCUCCUCCUGCACAAUGAGUUUCUUCAGUGGAGGUAACAACACUGGCGGCACCGGUAGCCUCUUCGGUCAAGGGGCGAACAACAACAAUAACAAUCAGGCGAACGGUACGCCCGGCGCGUCGAGCGCUUUUGGAGCAUCGAAGCCUGCGACUGGCUUCGGCUCCUUUGGUGGGGGAAGUGCUUUCGGUCAGCCCGCGCAACAGAAUCAGGGAGCCAGCACCGGGAGCGCCUUUGGCCAGACUGGAGCGACCUCUGGCGGUCUGUUCGGCGGUGGUGCGGCCAAUUCGAACAACACGAAUACGGGAGGGGGUCUCUUUGGGAGCGGCGCGAACAACACGAACAAUGCUGGCGCGACUGGAAGCACUGGGAGCGCGUUUGGCAGCGGUAGCGGUCUGUUCGGUGCUAAGCCAGCUGGACAGACGGGUACCGCUGGCGGCAGCCUCUUUGGUGGGGGCGCGUCGAACACGAACACCUCCACACCUAGUACUGGCGGCAGUCUCUUUGGAGGCGGGGCAAAUGCGACCAACAACCCUGGGAGCAACACCGGCACGACUAGCGGCGGUUUAGGCAGCGCGUUUGGGGGCGGAGGUGGUGGUCUCUUCGGGAACACAAACACUAACAACAACACCAACACUUCCUCUACCACACCAGCGACCAACUCCCUCUUCGGUGGUGGAUCCAACAAUGCCACGACCAACUCUACGAACAAUACCACGACCCCAUCAACGAACCCCCCCGCCGGCGGUCUAUUCGGCAGCGGAGCUUCAUCCACGCCUGCUGCCAGCUCUGGGGGCGGAUUAUUUGGCGCGUCGUCGACUCCUGCCGCUGGUCAGACGAAUACUGGCAGUUCUCUCUUCGGUGGUGGCGCGGCCUCGUCAACUCCGCAGAAUUCUAGCACCCCUUCCGGGGGUCUGUUCGGCGGAGGUGCUGCUGCCUCUUCCAACACAACAAACACUGGCGCUUCUACUGGCGGAGGCUUGUUUGGCUCGAAGCCAGCGGAUAAUGCUGCUAAGCCUGCUACUGGUGGUCUGUUCGGUAGCGGGACAACCACUACACCUGCCGCAGGAAGCAGCAGCACGCCUGCCCCAUCAGGUGGACUCUUCGGCGCCAAGCCUGCCGACAAUGCAACGCCAGCAGCAGGUGCCUCGUCUUCAACUACGCCCGCCGCGCCCGCGGCCGGUGGACUUUUUGGUUCGUUCGCAAAGCCAGCGGAUAAGCCGGGUACACCAGCGCCAGGUGCUUCGACUGCUGCCCCUGCAACUGGUGGUCUGUUUGGUACUAAGCCGGCCGAGAAAAAGGACACCCCUGCGCCCACUUUCAACCUGUUUGGCGCAGCGAAGACUGACGACAAGGACAAGAAGGACGGUGCUGCUCCUGCAUCAACUGCCCCAACACUCGGCUCUACACCCGCCGCAUCAUCGGCAGCACCGGCAAAAGCUGAUGCGGUCAACAUUUCCGUGCAGCCGCCAUCUAUGUUGCGAGGCAAAACCAUCGAGGAGAUAGUCAACAAGUGGUCUGCCGACCUUGAGACGCACGUCAAGGAAUUCAAGACCUUCGCGCAUGAGGUUCAAGCUUGGGACCGUUCGUUGAUUGAGAACAGCAACAAUCUCGCAGCCUUGUACUCCAAUGUGCUCAAGGCCGAGAGGGAACAGCAGGAGAUCGACCAGUCCCUCGACAGCGUCGAGACCAGGCAAAAGGAGCUCUCGCAGGUCCUAGACGAGUACGAAAAGAACCUUGACGGUCUGCUCGGCCAAGGUGCUGGCUACCAUGCUAUGAACGCAGGCCCGGCCGACGCCGAACGCGAUAAGAACUACACCCUCGCCACCGAGCUCUUCACCAACCUCGACGACAUGUCCUCCUCCCUGGCCCAGAUGAUCGAGGCCGUGAACGGUCUCUCGACCUCUGACGCCGACGCGGCGGCGGAAAACCCGAUGAACGCGAUCCAGCAGAUCCUCAGCAGCCACCUGGAGAGCCUGCAGUGGAUCGAUGGCGCGGUGCGGGAUGUGGAGGGCAAGGUGACGGAUGUGGAGCGGCGGAUAAAGGAGUCGGGGAUGGAGCUGCCGUCGUCGAAUGGGCGGUCGAGGAGCUAUGGGUUGCGAUAGAUUGUCUACGUGCUCAUGUGUACGAGGCUUGCUGUGUAUCAGUAAUCGAUGCUUGUAAUUUGGAAUCGUCCUCCUCAUCGUCGUUGCCUCGACUGAGGCAGCUCUUGAGGGCCAC